GCUCUCCAGCGGCCAUUCAAUUCAAACACGCACCGCACCAUGUUGCUACGUCUUACCACAGCGUUUCUUUCCGUAGCUGCGGCUGCAGCUCUCACGCCCGAGGAUGUCCUGAGUGCGCCCCGACGGUCCGCCGCGGAAGCUAAUAGUGGCGGGACAUUGGCGGUAUAUUCAAGCUCGACGUACUCCUUCACGGAGCACAAGCAGUCCCGAUCCUGGAACCUACUCGACCUCUCUACCGGCGCUUCAUCUGCGCUCUUCCCGCACAGCAACCUCAAGACCGUAUCAUGGGUUUCGGACGACAGUCUGCUAUUCACCAACGUCACGGCCUCAGACGGGACGACGAGCUUCUGGAUCGCGCCGACGAGCCAGAACGAGACGGGCAUCUACAAGGCCGCGACGGUGGACGGGCCGGUGUCGGAUCUGCAGCUGCUGCCGCUGAAGGACACCGUGCACUUCGUCUUCUCGUCGCUCGCGAGCCCGAACGGCACUCUCUACAACCCCGCGAAGGCGCACGCGCCGCACGCAAGCGGGCAGGUGUACGAAUCCCUCUUCGUGCGGCACUGGGACGCCUACACCACCGCGGAGAAGUCGUCCCUCUUCUCAGGCACGCUCUCCCUCACCUCCUCUCGCUACACCUCCACGUCCUCACCAACCAACCUGCUCCCCCCCUUCUCGGGGCUCGAGUCCCCCGUCCAGCCCUUCGGCGGCGCAGCGGACUUCUCCAUCUCCCCCGACGGGCGGCGCGUAGCCUUCGUAUCCAAGACCCCGGGGCUGAACCCCGCAAACAACACGCAAUCGCUCGUGUACGUCGUCCCGCUCGACGGGUCGCGGAAGCCGCAGCCUCUGAACCUGCCCGUGGGACAGGGGAGCCCGCAGGGAGCCUCAUCCGCCCCCGUGUUCUCCCCCGAUGGCAGGGCGAUCGCGUUCCUGCAGAUGGCAAUGAACGGGUAUGAGGCUGAUAGGAAUCAGAUAUAUAUCUCGCGGCAGGGGCCGGGCGGGGUUGGUGGGGGGGCCAGCACAGCGGCGAUUGCGAUUGCGGGGGCGUGGGACGUCUCCCCUGGCACGCUGCAGUGGCAUCCAGACGGCAAGCACGUAUUCGCGACGGCGGACAGCGUGGGGCGGCACAAGCUGUACCGCAUAUCUGUUUCCACCGGGGUUGCAGAGGAGGUAUGGGAUCGUCACUCCGUCUCCGGCUUCCAGUUCCUGUCUGGAGGAGACAAGAUGCUGCUGCAUAUGAGCUCGCUCACUGCUUCGCCCGGCAACUUUAUCCUCGAUACUAGCAAUAAGAGCAUGAAGGCGCUGCAGGAGCAGCCAGAACAUGAGAAACACCUGAACAACGGACAGGUAGAGGACUUUUGGUUUGCCGGAGCGAAUGGCGGGAAGGUCCAUGGCUUCAUUGUCAGGCCCAGCGCCUUCGAGAAGGGCCGGAAGUACCGCAUGGCGUUCUUCAUCCACGGCGGUCCUCAGGGCGCCUGGCUCGACAGCUGGAGCACGCGGUGGAACCCGGUACUAUUCGCAGAGCAGGGCUGGAUCGCGAUAGCAGUAAACCCAACGGGCAGCACGGGGUACGGACAGGCGUUCGUGGACGGGAUCCAGGGGCAAUGGGGCGGAAAGCCGUACAUCGAUCUGGAGCUCGCAGUGAAGUAUUUGCAGACCGAGCAUGAGGCGAGAGAUUAUAUCGACUUCGAUAACGCCGUCGCCCUGGGCGCAUCGUAUGGUGGAUACAUGAUAAACUACCUGCAAGGCCUCCCGCUCGGGCGCAAAUUCCGGGCUUUAGUGUGCCACGAUGGCGUCUUCAGCACGCUGAACCAGUACUCGUCGGAGGAGCUGUACUUCCCGCAGCACGACUUCGAAGGCACGCUCUGGAGCAACCGCGCGGGCUACGAGCGCUGGGACCCGGCACGCAACAUCAAGCACUGGAAAACGCCGCAGAUGAUCAUCCAUGGUGAGCGAGACUACCGGCUCCCUGUCAGCGAGGGCCUCGCCGCUUUCAAUGUGCUCCAGGAACUCGGAAUACCCUCCAGGUUUUUGCAUUUUCCGGACGAGAAUCAUUGGGUGCUGAAGCCAGAGAAUUCGCUGCAGUGGCAUACCGAGGUGCUGGAGUGGAUCAAUAGGUGGACCACGAAGGAGGGGGAGGACAGUAACCCCCCGGCACAAGACAAGCAGGAGACGGUUGCGCAAGGCCAACUGUCGCAAGAACUGUAGGACAGCGGUGCCGCCAGUCGUCAGCGGCAAGGUGUAAGAAUGAGUAGGUACCAAGCGUGUAUAUUUCCUAGUGUAAGUUGCUAUGAUACGAGUAACGAGUAAAGUAAAGUAAAUGACAACCCCAAUCCAAUCCGAUC